AUGGAUCUUGAAUUGGAUUUAGAAAGGUUUCUUAUGGAUAUUGAGAUGAAAGAUGAAGAGAAUUUUGUGGGAAUUGAAGACGAGAAAGAAUUGAGUCGAAAGCGGAAGAGAGAUUGUUAUUUGAUGUCGUUGGAUUGGGUGAAAAGAGUUGCGAAGAAUCCGUGUGAUCCUGCAAUCGGGUUUGUGCCGGGAAUGUCGAAAUGGGAGGCGUAUGGAAGCGAGGAAGUGUGGAAGCAAGUUUUAUUGGCGAAAGAGGCGAUGCAGAUGAAGGUUAACGUUGAUUCGAAUGCUAUUUGGGAGAAGAAGCUAAAGAUGCAUCCAGAUAUGUAUGAUGAUCGAGCCACGAAAUCGACAACGAGAUGCAGCCGAAGACUCGUUUCCUCCAAAGAGACUCGUUUAAUCCUUUUUUCCCGGAAAUCUGAGGUUCGAGAUUGUUACGAAUCAUCAUUCACCGGCAGCCGGAGCGAGAUAGAACCUGAAGAUGAUUUCUUGGCUAGCAAUUACAAGAAAAAAUGGAUCCCAUUGGGUCGGUAUUUUCAAGCGGAAAUACCACCUUGGACUGGGGAAACAUACGAAACCGAAACCAGAUGGCUCGGGACCCGUGUUUGGCCUCUUGAAAAAACCGAACACCGAAGCAGUCUGAUUGAAAGGGAACAAAUGGGAAAAGGAAGACAAGGCUCGUGUGGCUGCGAAUUCGUGGGCUCGUUAGAAUGCGUUCGGUUGCAUAUUGCUGAGAAACGAUCCAGGGUGAAGCUCGAGCUCGGUUCGGCUUUUGCGAAAUGGAAAUUCGAUAAAAUGGGCGAAGAAGUUUCGAGCAAAUGGACUCGACAUGAAGAAAAGAAGUUUGCGAAGAUAAUAAAGUCGAACCCCAAGUCUUCGGGUACGAGUUUUUGGGACGAACUUACGACCUAUUUCAAGAACAAAACUAGACCGGUUCUCGUGAGCUAUUAUUUCAACGUCUAUCUUCUGAGACGUCGGGCUCACCAGAACCGAUCUAAUCCGAGUAAAGUCGAUAGUGAUGACGACGAGCUUGAGAAAAUCGGGCAGAAGAUAAAUGAGUCUAUAGGACCCACUUUGUGCUCGCCGAAAAGGUGCAUCUGA